AUGGCUUUCACCUCAGCAGACAUUGUUUCUUUGUUCAAGUCUUCUGCACCGAAUGUGUCCCUCGUUGAGCUUCUCCAGCAGCCAGUUAGUGCCUUGCUUGGUGUUGACAAUGCUGCUACAUCCUCCCUUAAAAUCAUAAAAGUUAAUACUGUUUUUGACUUGGCAACGUCUAUUGUCUUUGACAGUGCUGUAAAAAUCUUUACUGCCGCAACAGACCCAAACAGCAUCUUUUCUCGACAUGGCAAGCCACCAGCUGAUCUGAUACGCACGUCUCGGACCACAGGAAAGUCCCUGCAGGAACUUUCCUCAGAGCCAAUUUCUAUUCUCUCUGCAGUUCCAGAAUCAAGUGCUGAUACUAUAUCUGAGGCACUUGAUGUUAGGACUGUCCGGGAUCUGGCUCUCUAUCCACCUUAUUUAGCCGCCCUCAGAAUUCUGAAGUAUUUGUACUUUCCAGAGACAGAUGAGGGAUUCGACCCCGAAAGACCAGCAGACCUCAUUCCUAAGUCUGGCGAAUACCCGAUUGAGAAGGUUCAGUAUUCCACCCUGCACAUCGGCGAGAUCAAGAAAAACCCUAGCGACAAAUUCAUAGACGUGUCAGGGCCUGAGUUUAAACCGCCGGGCUUGGACGAUGUCAUCGACAAUGAGCGCACCGGAUUCAAGGUAGUAGCCACAGGUGCCCUUCUGACGUUUAGUCAGUCAUGGUUUGUCCAAGGAACCACAUUGGGGCACCUGCUGCACUCGGUGACCCUUGCUCCGGGUGAAAGCACGCGAGUGGCCCUCAUUGACUGGAGUCGCAGGGAACGGGGGACAAAUACCGAGGCUAUAUCAGAGAAAGACGAUCUUGUCAACGACGUUAAUCAUGCUCGCGCUGUGGCCGAAGUAACGAGGGGAGUAGCUGAAGAAGCUCAGGGCGGGUUCUCCAAAACUAAUUCAGACGCCGCCACAAUCUCUCUUGGCCUUUCUGGGUCGGAAGAUAGGAAUGGAGGGCUUAUGGGCGCUAUAUAUGGUGGGAUAAGCUCCACAACAGCUGGUUCCCUGGGCAUUUCGGGAUCAGCAGCAUACUCGGAGUCGUAUUCUACAACAUGGGGAAACAGAAACGUCUCUGCACAGACCUUGCAGAAUAUUAAUGAACGAACCCAGCAGCACGCCCACUCCAGCCGGAAUAGACGUGCCUCUGUUGUCAGGGAAGUUUCACAGUCUGAGCACGAGAAUGUCAGCACACGGGUCCAAGUAUUUCGCGUCGAGGUCCGGCUGGUGAAGGCUGAACAAGUCAUAUUUGUUCCACUGGCAAUGCCUGACUUCACCAACGUCAAUCUGAUCCGGCGCUUUCAGAUCCCACUCGCCAGAGCCGCUCUUACGCCGCAGAUUCAGCAAAGUCUAAUCAACAUGGACAGAAUUGAACUUGAGCCUGAGAAAAAGACCUCAUUUACUGUUUUUGCACGGCCUCUCGGUGCUAUACUUGAGGAAGCGCUGCGAACGAGGUCGAGCUUGGCAGCGGGGACUCCCAUUCUGGAGAAGAUGAAGUCAAGCCCCUCGACACAUGCGACAGGCCGAGAAGACACCCCCCGUACAGAUGCAUCGGAGACAGUUCCAGGGCCACCAGCUGGUCAACCCACCGGAAGGAACACAACCCCGCUGCGGCCUGUCAUUAGUGCCGCAGAACUUGCCUACCCAGCACGUAUCUUGAAUAUCCCUGCAAGACUACACACAGCUUUACCUGUGAUUUCUGAAACCAACCGCGUCCUUUGGGAUCAGGAUUUGGUCUCUCGCCUUUCAAGUCUUUUCAACCUCAAUGUCAUUCGGCCAACCAGCACUGCAAUCUCCUUGCCGGCUGACACAAUCAUUGAAGGAGCAAUUGUUGAAGGAGCUGAUGGAAGCGCACCCGUCAUACCUGCCUUCACCACACAGACCGGACGCGUCAUCACUAGCUUCGGGCCAGGACAGGAUAUCGAGUCCAUUAGCUUCCGCGACGUUGCAGGAAUCAGUGUCCAGGGAAGUCAUCCCGACCGAGACUACAAUAGCAUCGAUGUCACACUUAGCGUCAAUCGUGGUGGCAUUACGGUCCCAGUAAAACUACCGUCUGUAGUCGUACCGCGGGGUGCCGUCCGGACGACAAUUGUCAAUGUUCGUGCUUCAGGUGUUGGGACAGAAGUAGCAAAGCAUCUCAUGGCAAAUCGCAUGUACUACGGACAAGUAUUAUUCCGCUCAUUGGACGCGACAGACUUGGCAUUUUUGCUUUCGGGGUAUUCGUAUAACCUAAAUGAAAAGCAGGUGCCAAUCACUGAAAUUAUCAACCCGCGGCCGGUCCGAUAUGUCGGGAAUUAUGUCGCCUUUACGACGAAUAUCCAGCCGGGAAAGAAGAAUACAGAAAAGGGCCAAUUUGAUAAUGUACCGGAGCAACCUCAUCCCCCUAAUGAGUCGCCCAAUAUUGAAUCUGUUGAUGGCUUGCACAGCGACGACUCAGAGCACAAUGAAUCCACAGAGCCCUCGGAGACCGCAGAUAAUAAGCCCAAUCACUCUGAAGAGGUUGAAGCUGAACGCAAAGCCGAUAUUCCCGGCCUUUCAACAGUAGGACCGGACCCUGAUCCCCAGUGGACGGAAUUUUUGGAGACUCACAAUAUCCAAGUUGGACAGUCAACGAACGAUAUAGUCCCACUCGGCACAGGAGGGGUGUUUGCGGAGGCUGUCUUGGGUCGGUCAAACUGUGCUGAGAAGCUCGACAUCACGAGAUUCUGGGAUUGGAAGGAUUCCCAAAUCCCUCUAACGGCAACGGAGAUCGCAGCCGUUCAGACUAACUCUCGCGCAUCUCAACCAGACCUCAAACCUGGCGAGUUGUCUACUUCUCUAAUCAGUCAACAAGCACCAUCAGCUCUCCCAGAUCCAACGGGCACUGCAGCCCUCCUAACAGCAUUGCAAAAUGGAGCUAUGUUCCGUGACCAGAGCGGUCUGGCUGCCACGAUUGGUCUGACUCAGGCAGCGCUGCAGGCAACCCAAUCAGGAGCAGCGAGUGCAGGCCAAGCAGCAAGUCAGAAUCUGCAAUCUCAGCUCCAAGCGACCACAGAGCGACAGAAGACGGCUGCAAAUAUGAUUACAGAUCUUGCUAGAACUGCUGCUUCUGCCUACACUGGUAUACCGCUCGCUGCAUCCGCCUCGUCCAAUGCCGGACCAUCAGCAAAUUCUAGUAAAGGUGCUUUGAUCAAUUAUUUCGAUAAGACAAAAGAAGGCUCUCCAGGUGCUACGGAGAAUAAGCCCCCCGCGGGACCACAGCCUGGCCCCGCCCCUGCCCCUGCUCCUGCUCCUGGUGGCCCUAGUCCCUCUGGCGCUGGUCCCGGCGCGGCUGGACACUCCCCUCCUAGUAAUAGAAGUGGCCCUGGCCCAAGUGCAGCAGGCUUUUCACAAAAUCCAGCAGCGCGAAGCGCCAUUGGCAGGGACACCACACUUUCGGAUGUCAUCUCUAAGGCAACAGACAUGGCAGACAGAAUAGCUGGGACAAGUACCAACUUGCAAGAAGAAGAUAGUAGUGGACUGCUCACAACCCGACGCGCAUGGCCAAGACUGGAUCCAGACGAGGUAUUACCGCGAAUCAGCAAGCUCAGCGAAGAGCCUGGUGAAUUCAACCAGGGCACAGUACCCCUAUGCACACCUGGGAUUUUCUUCUACCACCUCUUCAAACUCAAGCCGACCGAGACAGCGCAAUUUGCCAAAGACUUAUACGGACUUGGACAAGCGACGUUGGGAGGACUUCGGGUGCGGCCAAGCGAUGACUUACGCAGAACAAACUAUGUGGAUAUAGUUUCGAGGAACGUAGCGCUCGAGCUGGUUCCGCCGGAGACAGACUGGAUGAUGAUGUGUAGUCUUCGCGACAGCCGGGAUUGGUUUAUCGACUAUGAAGGUGCAUCGGACGGGUCUGGAACCGUGGCUCUGGACACGGCAGCAUCUGAGUUGGAGACCUGGUAUAAUGCAACGGGGUUCUUCACGAAUGUUUCUUGGAAUCCGUACUAUGAGGCGGGCCCGUCUAUUGACACUCUGCGAAAUUUGGAUGUGUCGUCUACCAAGAGUGUUGCUCUAUUGGUUGAUUCAAGAGUACUGGGAAGCGGCGACGUGAAGGGUACGACGCAUAUCAUUGGCCUUACCAGUAAGCCUCAAAUUAAUGCGACAGACAGUUCGAUCAAGUUCGAGUACUGGACCUGGGGAAAGCCGGCAAGAGUGAUGGACGGUAAAUUGGAUUUAAUCCAGGGGAGUAUCAAGGGUGUUUUUGUUGCCACUGUUUGA